UAGAGUUCCAUGCUCCGCUGCCUAUUAGGUUGAAACAGAAUGAAAGCAUGUGGAGAAACUGAGAGAGAGGGAGGGAGAUGAGAUGGCCCGAUCACAGUCGUAUCUCUUCUUCUUCAACCAAAUCCGUAUUCUCUGAUUACAGAUGUACGGUGAGGAAAUGCGGUCGUGCAGGCUGCCUACAGGAGGGCCAACAGAUCCACGCCCUCCUUGUCAAGAAUGGUAUAGCCUCAUCUCCAUCAGCCUUUAUUCACAACGCCCUCCUUUAUAUGUACGCUGCCUGUGCGUCCGUCUCAGCCGCUCGCCAGGCGUUCCAACAAAUCCCCCACACCCACAGGGACAUUGUCGAUUGGACCACCCUCAUGUCCUGUUACGCUCGUAACUCCCUCCCCGCGCAAGCCCUCGAUCUCUUCCUUACCAUGAUGCAACAACAACAGCAAGAACAAGGAAACAAAGGAGAAGAAGGGCCAUAUUCGUCUUCGGUGCGCCCUGACGAGGUCACCAUGGUCUGCCUCUUCAGCGCGUGCGCCCAGCUGAGGGACCCCAUCGCUGGGGCCCAAGCUCACCUCUUCAUCAUCAAGACGGGGCUGCCCUUCACGCUCACCUCACGCAAUGCCGCCAUGGACAUGUACGCCAAGUGCAGCUGCAUUUCCGAUGCUCGUCAGAUGCUCGAAGAGAUGACCGACCCGACCAUCGUCUCUUGGACCAUAAUCCUUUAUGGCACCCUGACCAUUGAGGGCGUGAACAGCGCUAGGCAAGUGUUCGAUGGAAUGCGUGAGAAGAACGAGGUUGCUUGGACAGUGAUGAUAACAGGCUACGUUGAGGCUGGCCUCCCAAGGGAAGCCAUGUCAUUGCUGGCCCAGAUGAUCUUCUCCUACAACAGCAGUUUUUUGACCCUCAACCACGUCACCCUCUGCUCCCUUCUGUCAGCUUGCUCCCAGUCGGGAGACCUAACUAUUGGCAGAUGGAUCCAUGCCCAUGCGGUGAAGAUGAUGGAGGAGGAAAGGCACCCCCUUCUCAUGGUGGGCACAGCUCUGGUCAAUAUGUAUUGCAAAUGCGGAAGGUUAGACCGUGCAGUCAUUGUAUUCAACAAAAUGCCCCAAAGAAAUGUCGUCGCUUGGAACGCAAUGAUGAGUGGGCUGGCGAUGCACGGGCAAGGCCAUGCUGCGUUAAGUCUCUUUUCUCAGAUGGCUGUGGAAGCCCAGCCAGAUGACAUCACCCUUGUGGCUGUUCUGAGUGCCUGCAGUCACUCAGGCCUGGUGGAUCAAGGCCGGCAAUACUUUUCUGACCUAUGGUCAGUUUACGCUAUAGUGCCUAAAGUUGAGCAUUAUGCUUGUAUGGUUGAUCUCUUAGGAAGGGCAGGGCAGCUGGAGGAAGCCGAGGCUUUGAUUAGGGAGAUGCCUAUCCGUCCUAACGAGGUAGUUUUAGGUUCCCUCCUUGGCUCCUGCAGCCUUCAUGGGAAACUUGAGCUGGGCGAGCGCUUGCUACGUGAGCUGGUGCAGAUGGACCCCCUCAACACCCAAUACCACAUGCUGCUCUCAAACAUGUAUGCAUCUGCUGGAAGGCAGGACAAGGCCUAUGCUCUCAGAAAGAUGCUUAAGAGUAGAGGAAUACGAAAAGUGCCGGGCAUGAGCUUUAUCCAUGUAGGUGGACAAGUUCACAGGUUCACUGCAGGGGACAAGAUGCACCCUCAAACUCAAGAUGUUUAUUCUAUGCUGGACGAGAUAACCAGACGGUUGAGGCUGGCUGGCUAUGUGCCCAACAAUUGCUCACAAAUCUUUCAUUUUAAUCUGAUGGAUGGCAGCAUGGAUGAGCAAGAGGAAGUGGAGCAAUCGCUCUUCACUCACAGUGAGAGGCUGGCCAUCUCAUUUGGCCUUGUAAGUACAAAGGAUGGUGUUCCACUCCACAUCUUUAAGAACCUCCGCAUAUGCCGAGACUGCCACACUGCCAUUAAACUUAUUUCUGAUAUUUUUAAUCGGGAGAUCACUGUUAGAGACCGCAAUCGUUUCCACUCCUUCAAAAAGGGUUCCUGUUCUUGUUCUGAUUACUGGUGAUUGGAGUCACCAAGAGGAAAUAAUUUUACAUGUAGCCGCCUGCCUGCUUUUCUUCAUAGCUUGCUGAUGGCGGUAGCAAUUGCACCAGCAAGUCCCAGCCCAUGUACAGUGGGGUUCAUGUCAGGUGGGCAGCCAGUUCCACAAACGUGUGCCGAGCAAGCCUACAUCAGUCACGACCGAGGUAGAACAACUCCAAAAUUGUUCACUCCAAUCGAUUGCUCGUGAUACGAUGGCCAUUCAGUCUGCAUACAACUCUGGGCUAAAGAGAGGCCGACUGCCAUUUAAUUCCAGCAAAUUCUCAUGUUGGUGAUUUUCAGAAUGCAACUCACGCAAUGGACGUGCAGCUGACAUGCAUCCAUUUGAAAUUUGGAUGGUCCAAACUACGAUGCACAUAUCAUACGUGCAGCUGACUUACAUUCUUGCCACAUGUUUGCGAUGAUGAUAGUUUCCAUGUGCAGUUGCAUAGGCAUUCCACUGAUACACUGAUACACUGGAAUAAUGCGUCGAACAUGAAGGCCAAGCUGAUUGCCUGCGACCCCAGUUACUGCAGUCGGAGGCUCCACCGUAGUGUUUUCGAGAAAUCCACCCCGUCCAGCCGUUUUCCCAGCUCUUGUUAGGACAUGAGCCCAAAACUGAGGCAGAUCCAAUAUUCAAGUGCGCCAGAAAAUAGUGGGGAUUAAAUGCCCAUCGUUGAAACAUUUGUGGGGCCACAUAAGUUUUGGAUAGGCUAAUAUUUUUGUAUUUUCAGUUCAUGAAUGACGUUAUGAAACGGUAUGGAUGGCAUAUAAACAUCACGGUGGACCAGGAAAGCAUCAAUGGUAGAUAUUUCUCUACCCAUCUUUUCCCGUCA